AUUCGCUAUUCUGGGCUUAACAAGAUAUCGCCAUGAAGUGGGUCCUGAUUCUGUGCGCUUGCGCUGUCGUGUCGUCCGCCAUGAACUUUCCUAGUCUCAAGCUGCUGCUGGAGAAGGAAAAAGAACUGCUGGAUAACCCCGAGGAGGUGAGGGAGCUGCUGGAGAGGCUGUCUGGUGGACGUCACGUGGGCAAACGGCUGUUCCUGAGUCUGGACUCCCUGAAGAGCGCCUUCGACACGGUGGUGGACGGGGUCAAGUCAGCGGCACACACUGUGGCAGGAGGGGUGGAGACAGCUGUCCACAAGGUGGAGGAGGUCGCCCAGUCGGCCCUCCACGGAGUUGAAGAUGCAGCGCAUGUUGUGGCUGAAAAGGUGGAAGGAGCAGCUCAGGAUGUUGCACACUUCGUUUCAGGGGCAGCACACGAUGUCUCUCACUUCUUCUCCAGUGCCGCGGAAAAACUGGCCCCACUACUGGAUUCGAUCGCCAAGGUGGCAGGCCCAAUAGCACAACAGAUUGGCGAAGUGGCACUUCAAGGUAAGUCACGUGACGUGCAGGAUGCAGGUCUUUGCCUGAAAAGCCAAGAAUUUGUUUGAUGAUGAGUUGAACUGACAGACAGCUCGACUGGACAACAACAAA